UCCAUCGGCUCAAAGAAUGCUGGGUGGGUCUACUACCUCAGAAUUCGCCGCCGCCGAGAGAAGAUAAUUAAGCAUACUCCGGACAAAGAUCUUAACGAUGAUGAUUUCCUUUGGGUCUCUGGGAAUUUUGAGGAUUUUCAAGCUCAAAUUCCUGGCCGACCUAUAAAUUGGAAAAUGGGAGAGCCUGAUUUCGCCCAUCUCCGUUCCCUGUACAGUUAUCCCAACCUUGGGGUUCUGCGAGCCGCACUACGGGUUAAAGAAAGAAGUUGGUCAAAGCUUCUAAAUUUUGAGCCGACCUACCGGUAUAGCGGUCGCCGCAAAGCAAAGGUAACUGAUUUUCUUCUCGAGGAAGCACCGGAGCCGGACCCAACUCUGCCCGAGAUAAGACUUGUCCCUCUAACAGCAGAAGAAGAGAUGGCGAAAAGGAGCAGAGUUAGGGCCCUUCUUACCGAAACGGCUAGGCCCGAAGUAACGCCUCCCAGUCAAUCGCAGCCUGCCGUUGUCGCCCUCCCUUCCCAACAGCCAUCCUCUUCCCGCCGGACCAAACGUCCCCGGACUGCCGAACCCGAACGAGUUUUGGUGGAUGAAGAACCUGUCAUUCAGCCGAGCUUACCACCAAGCCCUCGACCGGAGUCUUCCGACCGGACCAUCAGUUGCUGGGCACCGAAGCUAUCUUUCAAUGACCGAGACAUUCUGGAAACAGACUCUCUUCAAUCACAGUGUCUGUAA